CCAAAUGCUUUUCGAAACGGAGAUGUUCAAACACCAGAUGGAACCACCUUUGGGAAGACGGCAGUGAUUACUUGUAAACAUGGAUAUACAUAUGUUGGAUUGUCUGUUGUAGAAUGUCGCCCUACGGGUUGGCCUUUAAGUGACAAUUCUUGUGUCAUCAUAGACUGCGGACAAUUGCUAAACCCAAUAAAAGGUCAGGUAGAUAUGACUAAUGGCACCGCAUAUCAAGCCGUGGCCAGGUUCAUGUGCAACCAAGGAUACGAGUUGAUUGGAGAUGGCGAGAGAAUGUGUCAGGCAACAGGGAUUUGGACAGGCAUACAACCUACUUGUCUUAUGAAAGAGCAAAAGAAAGUUGUAUGUCCGACCAAUGUUGAUAGUCGCGGAACAGAAUGGAAGGAAGUUAUUGAUGGUGCAACUCGUUUACAACAAUGUGCGGAGAAAUUCGAAGGUAAUGUUACCAGAACUUGUUUAUAUGAUGGAACCUGGCAACGUCCACUGUACAACUGUGUCAGGAAGAAUGUCGCAGCUGUUGCUUAAAUGGUUAAAACAUUUGAAAUAAAUGUCACUGCUGACACUGUCAGCAAUGCUUUGAGACAGAUUGCUAAGGUCAGUAGUAAUGAAGAAGCGAACAAUACUUCCGAACUCUUGACUGAUGCUGAGAUAACAAUUUUGGCAAUUAGUUUGGAUAAGGUAGCUGACAUUGUUUUGAACAAUAGCUUACCGACUUCAGAAGUGGUUAAGGCAUUUUUCCAGUCUGUUAGUAAUCUUGUAGACAAACGAAAUAAAGAAUCCUGGGAGAUCAUGAAGCAAAGUAAAAGUACUGGUGGUGAAAACAUGUUGGCGUCUGUUGACAAAAUUGGCGUCGCCCUAAGAGAGAUAGUCCAAUCAGGCGAGGCUGGUGUAACAAACAUUACGAUUGUGCAAAAAAACGUCGCACUUGAGGUAAAAAAAGUACUUAUGCAGGAAGUAAUAUUUCCGUACGCAGACAUUAAGUCAGAUCAGCAAGAUGAGCAUAAUUGGGCGAAAACCUCUCAGAGUAGUAUUCGACUUGAUGCGAAGGCAAUAGGUGAUAACGAGGUUACUGUGACAGCUGUGAUUUAUAAAGAAAUGAGCCAUGUUUUGCCUAAUAUUUCCCAUACAAAUACAGGGUCGAUGACAUACAAUCAGAUAAUAAACGGUCCGAUUCUAUCACUUUCUCUCUCCACUUACGUCGGGAAGCUGGAUCCGCCAGUGUUGCUAACAUUUGAACCAAGGAAGGCAAACCUAACAAGCCCUCUGUGCAGUUAUUGGAAGUAUGGAAGAAACAAUGGCAUGGGCUAUUGGGCCAGUGACGGAUGCGUGUUACAAAGGUCUGAUGAAAUCAGAACUGUUUGUCAGUGCGAUCACCUCACUAAUUUUGCAGUCCUUAUGAGUCCUUUCGUUGAGGCCGACGCAACGUCUGUACCAUUGAGAACGGUAUCGACUGUGGGAAUAGGGAUUUCAAUGGCAUGUCUUCUGAUCACCAUGUUGACAUACAUAUAUCUAUGGAGGUUUCUGAAAAGUGACAGGACGAUUCUGCUUUUAAAUCUAUGUGGCGCUCUGUUGCUGUCCUACAUCAUAUUUUUAGCUGGUGUAGACAAAACUGCAAACAAGGCUCUGUGUGCAACAACCGCGGUACUUCUCCACUACAUAUAUUUAGUAGUGUUUUGUCUGAUGCUGGCGGAAGGUAUAGACAUAGCCAUCAUGGUGGUGUACGUUUUCAUCACCAAAUCAAGAUUGAAGCCACUUCUUAUUUCAGCAUGGGUUGCUCCAGCAGUGAAAGUCGCUAUAAGUCUGCUGUCAACACAGGUCAAUGGCUAUGGAAACGAACAAUUUUGUUGGCUGUCUUUGGAACGUGGCCUGAUAUGGGCCUUUGUUGCCCCUGCUCUUCUGAUUAUACUGAUGAAUAUUAUGUGUUUGGUUCUCGUAAUGAGGAACAUGUUUCAUAUGAAGGCCAUGGAAAGUAAGACAUCAACGGAAAAGAUAAUAACAAGUCUGCGUUCCCUGUGCGUUCUCGUGCCUCUGAUGGGCGUCUCCUGGAUACUCGGCAUCUUCUACGUAAACGCUUCGGCUGUAUUUAUGCAAUACCUAUUUGCCUUGUUCAAUGGAUUGCAGGGCCUGUUUAUCUUCAUAUUCCAUUGCAUUUUCAACCAACAGGUCAGAACAGCAUUAAGAAACGAGUACAACAAACGAGAAAACUUUAAAUCGAUUGAAAGAUCAACAUCGCAAAAGACGAGCAAGUACAAGAAGAGUGCCAAGAGUAAUUUUCAAACGAAUUCUGAAAACGUUUCAUCUACCAGUCAGCAAGAGGUAUCUGAAGAAACUAGGGUGGGACCCCAAAUGUAUGUCUACUCUAAACUGCGUGAAAAAAUAUUUCCCACAAAGAAAUGCAAUCUCACUGACAAGAAAUGCGAAGAUCCGAUUCCGUUCUCACGUGAAUCCACCUUAGGAUUUCCAAAUGUCGUCGUUCGGGCUGCGCGGUUCACAGACAGGUACUCCCGCAUGGAAAGAAGCCAUUCGACUAAGGGUUUCAAUAACACUGUCACAAAAGUGUGAGACUCUCCACGAAAAUUAUGUUUCUAACUUGAAAUAAUUGUUGAUUAAUUACAUAACGAAAAAUUAAUACACAUACCAAUUACAGCUAAAGUUUAAACAUCAAACGAAAUCAAUUUUUGAUAACUAUGAUCAUACCAGUAAUUAAGCGGCUUAUUUAAAAAGCGAGUGAAAAACAAAGACACGCAUUAAAAAAACAACUAUUGUUAACAGUUUUACCCACUGUGUUGUCAUUUGCUAAUUUUAAACAGCCUCAGUCACGUGUACACACGAGUUGACAUAUUACUCUACUUCUAUUUACAUGUAUUGCUAUAAGGAAUUUUUUUUAUUAUUUUUUAUUUCUAGUUCAUAAAUUGACAUACUUUACUUUUCGGUUUCAUCUCUGAUCGAUUAUCAUUUAACGACGCUUUUGUCAUUAUCUUUACGAUUAGAUGUUCAUUUUAAACUGCUGACAUGACAAGUUUAAGCGUGUAUAUUCUUCGUUGCAUGUUAUUGUUAAUAUGAUUCAUUAUCAAUCUUUAUUUUGUGUAACCUUUAAUAAAAAUUUAGUACGUAAACAAGAUAACCUUCACAGUGUCUCAUAAUGGCGCACUAUUUGACUUCGCUACUUCUGUGUCUAUAGUAUGCAUGUACUGAGAGCAAUACGAUUGUGCGAUAGGCUUGAGUCUCUAAAUAUAUUAAAAUUAAAUUAAAGCUUUGGGUUUAAGCUGUCAACUGAAACCCAAAAAACACAAACAAUCAUAUAGUGCGUUCUAUAUGUAAUGAUUCUGUUGUAUGGCGAAAUUCGUGAAAGCCUUAUUGUUACAGGAUAAACAAUCUCUGCACUAUUGCUAAUACACGCUAAACGUGUAACGUCCAAUAUACGAUUUAUUAAGUGAGUAUCAUUAACCUUUAAUUAAUGGGAUGUCUCUGAUUUCUGUGAUAUUCAUUAUACUUUUGUACUCCAUAUGACGGAAAGGGUUUGUGCGAA